UUGCGGCUUGUUUGUAUAUGUGCAGGCACGGUGAAAUUGGAGGAAAAUCAACAUGAAAAAUUUUCCUUUUUCGCUCCAGACUGUCUGCAUCCUCGAAGGACACGGGACUAACUUCGAUUCGACCAGUUUGUGAUUUUGAUUGACUUUGGCGUCGAACCGAGACACAGUUUGGCAUCGGUGGUUUUGUAAAAUGUUUUAAAUUGCGUGAAAGUUUGUAAACCAAUGUUAAAAUAAAAAUUAAAAGGUGCUGUAUCCUUUGACAAAUGAAGGAAACAAUAGGCAUAGUCUUCCAUUGUGUAAAUGUUGUUAGGCAUAAAUCUACGCUUCGCCAAGUAUCUCCUAUCUGCAGUUUGUUUUUCAGUCAAUAUUGACUGUAAAUGUUAUUAGGUUUGAUUGUUUCAAUUAUAUUUUGAGCAAGUGGCACCUAUAUUUACGACUCUCGAGCAUUGUAGCGUGAUAGUGAAAAAGUUUACUGAUCCUUUAUUUGAAACCAAGAUGGCAAUGUCGAGACAACGAAGCAUCCGUGCUGUAUCCCAGCUACCGACGUACACAGCGAGUGGCAGCCUGUUACUCAUCCUUUUCUUCACUAUUGUAUUCGAACUCAACGCAGUCACUGCCCGUGCCAAAUUUGGACAUUACGAGACACGCUACAUUAACGACUUCAUAAACUUUACCCGACCGGCAGCGGACAUCGUGGAACCGAUGUACUACGACUAUGAUGGCAAUAAUCCGUCGCGAAAUGCAUUCAACCAAGAGUACGAAAACGGUGGUCUUGCUGGACUGGGACUGAAUGGUCCAGCGAUGGCAGCGGUGCCCGAGGAACAAACGGGUCCACUGGUGGAAGAUGAAAUCACACGCCCUCCGGAUAUCUAUCCGGAUCCCGAUCAGAUAUAUGCCACAUUUCUGAACAAAAGUGCGAUGAAAAGGAACCGGUUUCCCGGGGACGAGAAUAUUAUAAAAGUUUAUUCAUCGAAGUCGUUACGGAGAAACCCUCAAGCACGCGUAGAUGAUGACGGGUCGUUCGACAGUUUGAAUAAUGACAUGAAAGGUCAUGACUUUAUCGAUAAUAUCAUGUAUAUCUACUAUGGGACAAACGGAACGCUCCGGAAGGACCUUGGUGGAAAUGUAAUUGUGAUAGGUGCCGUCUUCGCCUUGGCUCCCCAGAUAUUAACGGGAAUAAUAUUGUUUUUGAGAAACCGACGAAUUCGGCAUUUCAAUACAUUUUAUCCAAUUUGCUUGAACUUGAUACUAAUGUUAGUGGCUUCCAACUUUUCAUUUGUAUUGGGAGUCCAGGCAACCCGCAAUACAGUUAAAUGUGAGUUAAUCGCGAUCCUACUACAUUAUUUGCAUUUAAGCACUAGUAUCUGGUGCUUCAUUUAUAUUUACGUGAUCUACGAUUUGAUCGUGAAUGAAUGUGGUCCAAAACUGAAGUAUAGCUACUUGAUGGGUUAUGGUGUUCCAGCGGUGUAUGUUCUGUUUUCCUAUGCAUCAUCUAUUGAUCUGUUCGAACUUCGUCGUUACUGCUGGAUGUCUAUCCAAAAAGGAAUGAUUGUUAGUUUCAUGAUUCCGAUUUCGUUCCUCAUCAUUUUGACCACAGUUUUGGGUACAAUAGCACUGAAGAAGAUAUCCAGUAAGCAGACAGAGAUUCUGUGUGAAAGUAUCGAAAGCAUGAUCGAAAGCACGUCGAAGUGUAACGACAUUAUGUAUCCUAGGUUACCAACGCAAUCGACGGGAAUCAAUCCGACAACGCGUAGCAACAGUUAUCCCCAACUGGAACCAAAGGAGAAGUGCUGCCAGGAGUACCUCGCCCAAACCAUGGAGAGCCGUCAAUCUGUUGUCACUUUGCCACAGCAAAGUAGUAACCAUGGUUUCAGUAUGCACAGCAUAAAAAAAUCGCUCGACUACUACGAUACACGGAUCGACUUGGGACAACUCUCGUUAGCAGAGUUGUCUACGCCUAGCAUGGCAUCGGAUAUCCAGGACUUCACCGAAUUCAAGCGAGCGAUCAAAUUGGGUCUGUUUUUCCAACCAAUUUACUCGAUUUGUUGGUUUUUGAGUGUUAUUGCCUUGGAGAAUGUACAUUCGUGCGUUAUGCCUGUCAUCUAUGCCAUAUGUUUAAAUAUUCUGAAUUGGUGCAUGCUAGUCCGCUCGUCCAAUAUCUGUCCCUUUAUCAGUGGCAUGACGGAAGAAACUCUGGAAAAAUCUGCCCUCGACUGUGCCGACUCCAUAAAUGCCCCCAGUGGAAUCGGCGCGGACAACGAUACGGUCCAGGGCAGCAUAUGUACCGAUACGAUUCCUCUGCUGUGUGCUUCGAAUCCCUCGAUCAUUAACUCGACGAAGACCGCAUUGACUCCGACGCCUUCGUACACCGCUCCCAGCACCUUGCCACUUUCUCGAAAGUUCUCGAUGGGAUCAGAUCUGGAUCAGCAGACGCUGAAUUUCAUCAGCAGCAAUAACCUAAAGAAUACGUGGGAAUCUAGCGUGGACGUUAAUCAACACGUGAAGGCUAGCGAUUGUAUCAGUACUAUCAGCAACUAGUUUGGUCGGUUGAUCCCCUUACGAGUAUUGUUAGUUUGAUUGCUCGGAAAGCUACGAAUCAACCCUGUUAUUCUUCUGUACAGAGAAGCGUGUAACGCAACAGACAAGAAGCAUAUCAAGCUUGAAUACAUUUACCAGUAGCUCGAUAGAAUAGUUUUGACUUGUGAUAUUAAAUCUAGAGCCCUGCAAUAUGCUCACCAUUUUCCAAUGAAAAGUAUUGAAAAUCCUUGUAAAUAUAUUGUUCAACACCUAUCAUUAUACGAGCCAAUGGUUCUUAUCGAUAGAGUUCAUAAUGCAAUACAUUUGAAAAAAUGGGAUAAACGAUAUUAUGGCAUGUUUUCUCUGAUUGAAUUAAGGACUAAAAUCGAAUUCGCAAGUAUUAGCCACUGUUUGGAGGUAAAGCUAAUGCAUUCAAAUAAUACGAACAGAGCAGAAAAUAUGUGAUCUUAUUUCAGAAAAAAAUACUUAGAAGCAGUAUCAAUCGUAGCGGGUAGUAUUGAAACGAUACAAUUUACAAUAAAUUUCGAAACUUUCGAUGAAUCAAAUAAUCCAAAUGACAACUUCAAUAAUUUAUAGUACAAAUAACUUUCAUGUUGAUCCUAGAUAAUUCGAAAAUUAAGAUAGGAUCUUUGCAUAGCAAAACUAAAGCGUGAAAACAUUAUACAUACAUAGUUUUUGCAGAUGUGGAUAUCACCAGGUAGUAAUAAUAACCGUCAAGACACCUAGCCAACGAACCGUUCAUUUUAGAGAUCUGCACAAGUUUUCAAUCUAAAUAUCACAUACAUGCAGUGUUCUAACAAGUUCCUUGUCUCUCCCUGCCACACUUUAUCUUCCUUGUAUUGAUGAGGAAAUAUUUUAUUCCACAAACGAAAAGGAUUAAAUUCAACCAACCAAACUCAUAUUUAACCAAAUAAAUAGUAAUGAAGAUUAAA